AUCAGGCCGCGCGUCACCAUAUCCAUCACCGCGUCGGGCACCCAGUUGGACAACGACCUGCUGACCCUGGACUUACCGCCGGGCCUUACCAUCAAAGACCUCAAGGGUUUCAUUGAGGCCGAGACGAACCAGCCUGCUGCGUCACAAGGCAUCUACCUGAACGGGCAACCGGUGGCAAGCGAGACACAAACACUGGAGGAGGCUGGUAUAAAAGAUGGCGAGAUGCUGGCAGUCGUUAUCCGGCAAGCUCGCCCACCUCCAAACGCACAGCAGGCAAGCAGGCAGAGGAACGCCGGGAGACCAGCAGGCGGUCCAGAUCCCGAGGCUUUGCGCCAGCAGCUGUUGAGCGACCCACGUCAAAUAGCGAACCUGCGCAACCAAGACCCCGAACUCGCUGCUGCGGUCAUGGAUCCCAGCCGCUGGAGGCAAACCUGGGUGGACAGGCAGCGCCAGCAACAGGAAGCUGAGCGGGAGCGCCGCAACCAGAUUGCCCUUCUCAACGAGGACCCGUUCAACAUUGACGCACAGAGGAAGAUUGAGGAACUAAUUCGCCAAGAUCGUGUCGUUGAGAACUUGGAGAAGGCGUACAACGAGAACCCCGAGGUCUUUGUGCGCGUGCACAUGCUCUAUGUCAACACCGAGGUCAACAACGUACCCGUCAAGGCAUUUGUCGAUUCUGGAGCUCAGGCUACCAUUAUGUCCCCUGACUGCGCCGAAAGAUGCGGUAUUAUGCGGCUUAUGGAUACGCGCUAUGCCGGUGUAGCUCGCGGUGUGGGCACAGCCCGCAUCCUUGGCCGUGUCCACCAUGCGAUUAUCAAGAUCGGCGGCGCAGAAAUGCCCUGCGCGUUCACGGUGAUGGAGGGCAAGGACGUGGAUCUGCUGUUCGGCCUGGACAUGUUGAAGCGUUACAAGGCCAAGAUUGAUCUCGAGAAGAAUGCACUCUGCUUCGAGGGCAUUGAAGUGCCGUUCCUGCACGAGUCCGAAAUACCGAGGUCGUUUGAGGAGGCAGAGAUGAACGAGCCCACAGUUGCUGGGCCCAACGGGACCGAGAUCGGCGCGAAAACGGGCGCUGUGCGACCUGCAGGUGCCACGGCGUCAGCCAAUCCUACCGUCGCCGCCGGUCCGUCAACGCCACAGCCACAGCCGCAGUCACAGGCGGCGCCCAGUGCGGCAGCUGGCAAGGCACCGGCAGCAACUUCAUCGUCUGGCAGCAGGUUCGCAGAGGCAGAAAUUGAGAUGCUGAUUGGCAGCACUGGGUCAUCUCGAGCACAGGUAAUCGGUGCUCUUGAAGCUGCUGACGGCAACCUCGACGUGGCUGCCAGUAUCCUCAUGGGU